AUGGAUUGGUUUGUCACUCACCGUUCUAAUGCCAUGCUCAAGGACAUAGAUAACGUAUUUCCCCUUUCAGUGUUAUGUCAGAGUUCCGACAACGUAGCGUUUACACUGGGCCAGACCAGCCACCUUUACCUCAGUCACGGAGAGCAGAUAGCAUAUAACAAGGUCAUCACAAAUAACUCAGCGACCUUUGACCCUCAAGGUUCUUUCAUUUGCAAAAACCCUGGGAUUUAUGCCUUCCAUUUCUUCUCCCUGGCUCACACUCAAAGCAGAAUUUGGAUAGAACUGUACAAGAACACAAAUUACAUCUGUUCCACAUAUGGAUAUACGUCACAUGGUUACGCAGAUGCCGGAAAUUCGGUUCUGCUUCAUUUGAAUACAAAUGAUCAUGUGACUAUACGAACUCACUCAUCACAUAACACGACUCUUUACGGAACAGACAACCAAAUCUAUACGACAUUUACUGGAAUUCUACUAUCUUCUGAUGUUAUCGAAUAUGAAUAUAAAAAAGUGUCGUUUUCGGUGGGACUUGACCAUCGUGUGCAUGCAGCAAAUGGGAAAAUCGUAUUGUAUAACGAUAUCAUCUUGGCGAGCAGCGCCUACAACUCACGGACUGGAGUGUUCACGGCUCCACUAGAUGGGACAUACAUAUUUCAUUAUCAUGGACUUGCUCAAAACAAUAAGACUGUAUGGCUGGAGUUGUACCACAACCAUGACUACGUCACUUCCGCUUGGGGCCACACAGAGUCUGGAUAUGCGGAUGCUGGCAAUACCGUUAUACUACACCUUUUUUCAGGUGACCAAGUUUACGUCAAGACGAGAAACAAAAUCCCAGUGGAUCUCUUUGGAAGUACAAACCAGGUUUACACCACAUUCUCAGGAAAUAUGUUGGCACCGCUUACACACAAUUUAGACGAUUCCCUGUCGGAAAUAUCAUUUUCGGCCGGCCAGUGCUUGAUUUAAUUUCUGGUGAUACAGUAUUCAUAAAAUCUAGACAAUCUACUAACUCAUACUAUGGUGCCUCAGAUCAAAUGUACUGUACAUUUUCUGGUUACAAAUUGAACUUAGAAGAAGAAACAAUUAUUGGAAAUCCAGGCGGAGUGAUUGGUUAAAUUGCAUGUACUUGGUUAACUUACAUGCACCAUUAAGUUAUACGAAUCAAUAAUUUGAAGUAGAAGAAAAACCAAGUCAGAUAGCAUAGCCCUUUUGUUUUCUUUGUGUCUUGAAUUACGGUAUUUGCUGUACUUGACACUUGAUAUAUGCUUUGAUCUACCAGAACUGCAAACACGGAAGCAGGAAUACACAGACUGAAGAGGGGCAUAAGUUAUCAUAUCAGAGUUAAAAUUUAUAAAUCUUUUCUGUCAUCUUGAAUUUGUCAGCGCUUUGAAAUACGAUAGGCUUAAGAACUUUGAAGAAUGAUUUUGGGUGGUACAUUAUAUUCCAUUGGGAAAUAGAACACCUCGCACUACAGGAAUAUCACAAUGCAUGCGUGUUUGUUCAUAUUUUCCUUAAUGGUAAAUUCAAAUACAACUGUC